AUGGCGACUGUCUGGCCCUGGAAGAAAAAUUUCAACUAUGAUGGCCAGGAACAAGGCGACGGCGGUGAUUCUAACGGACAGCAGCAGCAGCAACGGCCGCGAGAAGAUCAUGACGGGCCAUCAAACGAACAGCAGCCGGAUGAGCGUACGCGGCUACUACAGCCCCAUUAUUUGAGCCCUGAUGACCCUGCUGUCUCGCCCUAUAACCUCUGGACUGUCCGGGCCCUUUCCGGCCUCUCCCUCUUCUUCUUGCUCGUCACUUUCGUCUGGUGGAUUGUUCUCCUCGUGAGCACCUUCGUCAGUCCUCCCAUGAUGUACACCCGCGGUUCCGGCUUCCUUGCAUUCUCCUAUGCCGCACUGACGGUUGCCUAUCUCAUCGUUGUGGGACGGCUGUUCUUCGCCAUCCCAUCGCAACCACUAUCUAUCUGGGGGGCUGUGUUGGCCAUUCUCCUCCUCGUGGAUACGUGUAUCCUGCUUGCCGUUCCUCGGAUCAGGGUCGAGGAAGGCUGGGCCGGAAUCGCGACUGUCAUCUGGGCAACUGUCAUCGCGCUAUAUACGAUUAUCCAGAACCGGACGGUCGCAAACGGGAAGAGGGAGGAAGAACAACGUCUAACUGGAAGAGAAGAGACCAGGCGAUCCCUAUGUGAAUGGAUUGCCGUGCUGGCCGAGACGGUCAUCGUGGCCGUCAUGGUCGUGGCUACCGUUCUUCUCACUGCAACCCUCAUUCUUCGCGCUCGAGACGCCUCCCUUUCUCCCCCAGGAAGGAAAUACUAUGUCAGCGAAGACAAGUACCAGGUUCAUCUUGCCUGCGUGGGAAAUACUAACAAAAACACUACUACUCCCACAAUCCUCCUAGAAGGCGACCACAGUCCCGUGGAACACACCCUCCAACCCUUCAUAGACUCGAUAUACCGAGACGGCUCGAUCAACAAAUACUGCUACUGGGACCGUCCCGGAUACGGCUGGUCAGAUAAUGCCCCCUCCCCUUUCUCCGCCGGAAUGGCCGCAGACGCCCUAUCCGAAGCCCUUUCCCAGGCCAAUGAAAAGGGGCCCUGGAUCCUCGUCUCCGCGGGCACAGGCGGGAUCUACAGCCGCAUCUUCGCCAGUCACAAUCUCCCCCAGGUCCAUGGUAUUCUCCUCAUCGACACCCUCCACGAAGACCUCCUAGACGACUACAUCGGUGGCUCGGGAAGAGGCUUUUUCCUCUGGCUCAGGGGGAUCCUGUCCCCGCUCGGAAUCGACAGAGUCGCCGGUGCGCUGUUCCGUGGCCGCACCCGCGAGGACAGAGUCAUGGGCCGCAGCGCCUAUCAGAGUGGGAAGGUCAUCAAAGCGAAAUUACAGGAGAAUCUUAUCGCUGAGUCCAUGACGAAACGCGAGAUCCAAACAUCUCGUCGCGUGGGUAUCCCCGAUACGCCGCUUGUGGUGGUUAGUUCUGGGAUCGAGGUAAGGAAUAGUAAGAAGUGGGCGGAGAAGCAGGAGGAUUUGAAGACUGUUACUGAUCGGCUUGUUGCGUGGGAUGUCGUGGAGAAGGCGCCGCAUGAGGUUUGGGGGUCUGUUGAUGGGAGGCGCGUUUUGGAGAGGAGGCUGCGUGAGUUGCUUGGUAGGGGUGAAUAA